UGGCGCUAAGUUUGAUAAUGAAAAUAGACGAAUCACCCUCUUUCCAAAAAGAAGUCACAUAAUUUAAUGAUUCUUGUUUGGAUGUUUACUUCAUCAUCAUCAGGUGUUGUAUAAAUCUUCAUUUUGUUGUCAACACGAUGACAUCCAUGAGAGCGGUCUCAGAGUCUCGGAAUCAGAAUAAACUGCUCACGAUUUGACAACUUUGGCCAUCUCCCAUCUGCAACCCCUCAUCACCAGGCAAAAAGUAGGUAGAAACUCAAGGUAAUCAAGAUGGUUGAUGCAGAAAUAAUCCCGAGUGGAUCUUCAAGUAGGAUCAUUACUCGACCAACAAAUGAAGGAACUGCUACACAGAUCUUUACACCAAGACAGUAUCAGGUUGAGCUGCUCGAUGCUGCAUUGGAUCAUAAUGCAAUAGUCUGUCUCCAGUCAAAUGCUGGAAAAACGUUCAUUGCUGUCAUGCUGAUCAAAGAAUUAUCGAAGUCACUACGCAUACCUACGCAAGGAGUCUGUAAACAAACUGUGUUUCUUGUCAAUGAUGAAACUCUCCUCAGCCAGCAAUCGAGGGUUGUCAGUGAACACACAGACUUGGCUGUUAUUGAGUUGAGGGAUGAAACAGACUGGGACUCUAAGAGAAAAGAGUUGGCUAGGAGUCAGGUUCUGGUCAUGACCGCUCAGAUAUUCCUUAAGAUGUUGCAACACGAUUACCUCAGACCACCUCGACUCAACUUGCUGAUUUUCGAUGAGUGCCACCACGCUGUUCAGGCCCACCCUUAUUGUGAGAUCGUCCAACUUCUGGCGGGGUGCCAUGAUGCUUCCCAACUCCCCCGCAUCAUGGGAUCAACAGCUUCCAUUCUUCAUGGUAAAUGUGAGCCGCAGAAAUUGAAAAAGAAACUUGGGGACCUUGAGAGGGCACUGACCAGCGUUGCAGAGACCUACUCCAGCGGAAGUCUCAGUAGAUAUUGUACCAAACCCAAGGAAGCCGUUGUAGUGUGUGAAACAAAACUGGGAUAUGACGAUCUCACAGAAGAAGUGAAUACAAUUUUGAAUGAGGCGUUAGUCUUCCUUCUAGAAUGCAAUGUGCAAUAUGAUGCAAUAGAGGACAAUAAGUCGUACUUGCCUGCCAUUCAAGCCAUCAAAGAAUGCCUUGUCAUCUUCAAGGAGAUUGGUUUCUUAGGGCUGAGGAUGGGAGUACCAUUACUCCUCAAAGAACUACAGAAACUUGAGAAACUAGAAUCAGAUCAAAUCAGAAAGCUCCUGUUCCACUACAGUUGUACGCAGCUACGAUUAGCAAGAAAGUCUUGUGAAAAUAUCAUCGUUGAAUCAGAGAAUCCAUUAGAUUUGAAAUUCACAACUUCAAAGGUCCGUCGUCUCAUUGAAGUACUUAAAGAGUUCCAACCCAGUGAAGAGUCUAAAAACGCUGAUGCAACAUCUCAAACUACCUUCAGGAAGUUCCCAGACAGAAUAUCCAAUUCACAGAGAAUCCAUAAUGACAGGUUCACCAGAAAUCGCCAGCCUCAUUUUUAUAUUCCAGAGGAAGAUGAAGAUGAAAGUGCCUCGGAAGAUGAUGAAGAGGAUGAGGAAGAGACUGCCGAUACCCAGAGCGAAACCACCAUGUACGGUAUCGUCUUUGUGAACCACCGUUUCAUUGCCACCGUUCUCGACAAACUUGUGCGAAAACUUCAAAAGAAGGACCCGGAGUUGACGUUUAUCAACAACAGCUGCAUCUUGGGGCAUGGUGGAGGAGGACUCAGUACCUCCGGUGUAUCUAAAGAUAAGUACUUCAAGAGACAAGAGGAGAUCAUGAGAAAGUUCCGACGCCAUGAGAUAAACCUGUUGUUUGCCACAAGUGCAGUUGAAGAAGGUGUGGAUGUUCCAAAGUGUAACUUGGUUGUACGCUUUGAUGCGCCAGAUAACUACAGGUCAUACGUCCAAUCUAAGGGACGAGCUAGGGCACCUAAUUCCCACUACAUCAUGCUGGUUCAAGAUACACAGCUGAAUGAGUUCACCAAGGAACUGAGUGACUUUCAAGAGAUUGACAAGAUCCUUCAAAGGAAAUGUCAGCAGAGAGAUUCUCAUCAGUCCUUGGAUGAUCUCGACCUCAAAGAGGCAGAGUCUCUGUGUCCUCCUUACAAACCAAGCAGCGAUGAAGAAGCUCAUGGAGUUACCAUGGCAACGGCAAUCUCGCUUGUCAACAGGUACUGCUCCAAGCUUCCAAGUGAUACCUUCACUCAUCUUGCUCCCAAGUGUCACACUACGGUCUUCCAAGACGUGGCGACCGGAUGUAGCAUGUAUCAGUCACAAAUCUACCUGCCUAUCAACUCACCUAUCAGAGAUCCCAUACAGGGUCCACCUAUGAGAAAGAAGAAACUAGCUGAGAUGGCUGUGGCAUUGAAGACAUGCAAGACACUGCACAGAGCCGGAGAACUAGAUGAUAACCUUCUACCAGUGGGUAAAGACACUACGUUCCUGGUGGAGGAUUGUGGUUAUGACCAGGAGGUAGUAGGGGAAGGUCAAGGGAGGCCGGGCACCACGAAGAGACGACAGUACUACAACAAAGAGGUGGCAAGAUGUCUGACUGGAUGUCAUCCAACAGCCAAUCAGAAAUGUCAGUUAUAUGAGAUUCAUAUGGUCCUUGCCUCACCAUUACCUGAUGUCCUUAAUGUCAGAGAUCGUCAGCUUUAUGGACCCGACGAGACCUCACAAUGCUUUGGGUUACUCACGACUAAGGCCAUCCCAAAGAUCCCAGGAUUUCCGGUUUACACAAGAGCUGGUGAGUUAGCAGUCUCGAUUGACCUCUUGACCUCUGACAUUGUAGUGACCUCUGAGCAGCUACAUCAGUUACAGCGUUUCCAUAGCUGCAUCUUUGCUGAAGUCCUUCGUCUUGAGAAACCUAACCUGGAGUAUGAUUCGCAGAAGGCUGAGGCAAACUACCUUAUCGUUCCUCUGAAUACUUGUUGUAACGAUGACACCAAGCUCUCCAUUGAUUGGGACUUUCUGAGAGUUGUCAGUGAAAGUUCUGGCAUGCUAGACAGGCCACAAGUCCUUCCAGACUACAGUAAGAACCGGUUUGUCUUUUCCCAUCACAGCUUCGGCGAUGCUGUCGUGACGCCGAUAUACCGUAACAUCGACCAACCCCAGCGGUACUACAUAGCGGACAUCCUGAAUGACCUACCCGUCACGAGUCCCUUCCCAUCGGACAAGUAUGAAAAGUUCAUAGAUUACUACUUUGAGCGAUACGACAUCCAAGUCUCCAACUACCAGCAGCCUCUCCUGGACGUUGACUGCAUGUCGUCUCGUCUGAAUUUACUGACCCCAAGGUACCUGAAUCACAAGGGGAAAGCUUUGCCGAUCAGCAACACACAGAGUAAGAAGAACUAUCUUCAGAAGAAGCAAUACCUUGUCCCAGAGCUUUGCUACGUCUACCCUAUCCCGGCGUCUCUCUGGAGGAAGGCAGUGUGCCUACCGAGUCUUCUGUAUAGGUUGAAUUCCUUACUCGUCGCUGAGGAGUUUAGAGUUGUUAUUAGUCUAGAGGCAGGGAUUGGAAUGAGAGAGCUUCUCCAGCAGGAGUAUCCCUUCCCAAAUAUGACCUUUGGUUGGGAUGGACUUGACCUUCAAACUCUAGAAUAUCAGAAUAAGGAACAACAAACUGAUGAAAGUCUCGUUCAAGCAGACAAACCAGUCAUUGCUGAUGAUGGUAUGGAGUCAGGUCACGACACAAAUAGUGAACUUGAGGAAGCUGGAGGAAAUGACAGAAUUGUUCAUGAUGACAAUUCUAGUAUAAAAGAAAACAGUAUGAGUAAUGAUGACACAGGAUUGAACAGAAGUGACAAUAUAAGUUUAGACCAAAGCAAAGAGUCGAAAAAAGAAACAAGGAAAUGUGCAAUGGCCUUAGAAAAGUGCAAUGCUAAUAUCUCUGAACACAUUAAACAAACCAAUGACAAACCAAGCAACCAUGAGCCCAACUUUGCCAAGCUUAACGGGACCGGCAAUAUUAUAGAUACUUGCAACAAACAGAAAGGGAGCAACAGCAAUACAGUAAAGAAAGAUUCAAGUAAUAGUGAAGAAAAUCCAGAAAAACUGUGCAUGAUCAAAAAGGAGGAAUCUGUGCUCAGAAAUGAAAGUCGAGACGGUGGCCACAGCUGUGAGAAGAAAACGCCAAUAUUCAGCAUUCUGGACGAUGAGGGUCAAGACCCAGCCACGCUAUCUGGUCCAAGCCCCACGUUGAUUCUUCAGUCUCUGACGAUGUCGAACUCCAGUGAUGGAUUCAAUCUGGAGAGGUUAGAGAUGUUGGGGGACUCGUUCCUCAAGCAAGCUGUCACCAUCUACCUCUACUGUACCUAUCCUCGCCUACACGAGGGCAAGCUGAGCUACAUGAGGAGCAAACAGGUCAGCAACUUCAACUUGUACCGUCUCGGGAAGAGGAAGGCCAUCGCACAGAAAAUGCAGGUUGCGCUCUUUGAUCCCGCCAUCAAUUGGCUUGCCCCGGGUUUUUGCGUCAAGGAGAACGUUGGUCCUGAUGAAUGUCUUUCAUAUCGUCCUGUUUACCAGGACGAGGGUAGUGACAUCUGUUCAGAUGAUGGAGAUUUCGCCAUUGACACUUGGGAUCCAACUUCUGUCGACAUGUGGGAUCCCACCACAGUGAUUGAAGAGGAGGCCUCCCCAUCCGAUCACGACUUCCCUAUGAUGGCCCAGGGAGAUGUAGACAGUGAUUUCAGCGAUGAUGAACCAAGCACUCAGUAUCAUGCCAACCCUCACGCUCUAGAAAGUUGGUCUUUCUCCUUGGAAAAUGCUGAUAAUCUGCCGGGGCUGACGUACACUGGCAAGAAGCCAGAUGAUAUGGGGGACCUACCAGAGCUCCCUUACGAGAUCCACACCCAGCACAGUCUCUCCGAUAAGAACUUAGCGGACUCGGUGGAAGCAAUUAUCGGAUGUUAUCUCGUGUCUUGUGGGUUCCGCAGCGCAUUGAUCGUCAUGUCAUGGAUGGGACUCAGAGUACUACCUCAAAUCUCUUGUGAGACAACUCCAGAUGAAGCACAAGCUGUUGAAGCGGUAGACCCUGACCAAGAUUCUACACCCGUUGGCCAUCAGAGCAAUGAUUCGAGUCCAAACAAAGAAGCCAGGGCAACUUACGGCUACCUCAAACAGCCCGAAUCUCCAUUCUUCAGGAGUGUUGCUAAUUCUCAAGAGAAACUGGCACAACUCCUGGUUGGCAUGGGCGGUUUUGAGACGACCAUCAACUACAGUUUCCGAGAUAAGGCUUACUUAGUCCAGGCCUUCACCCAUGCAUCCUACCACUACAAUGGUGUCACAGAUUGCUAUCAAAGGCUGGAGUUUCUUGGUGAUGCAAUCUUAGACUACCUCAUCACUCGACACCUCUUUGAUCAUCAUCAGUACCUCUCCCCCGGAGCAUUGACUGAUCUCCGCUCGGCUCUCGUCAAUAACACCAUCUUCGCCUCUCUGGCCGUCAAGUUCGGCUAUCACAAAUACUUCAAGGCGCUCAGCCCGGAGCUGUUUCACGUCAUCAAUAACUUUGUCAUUUUUGUCAAGGAGAAGAAAGAGGCCCUUGGUAUGGGGUCACAGCUCAAAGUCUUAAACCUAGAAGGUCUGACAGGAAGCGGCAAUGAAGAUGAGAGUGAAGACAUUGAGGUACCCAAAGCACUGGGAGAUAUCUUUGAGUCUGUAGCAGGAGCAGUGUAUCUGGACAGUGGAAUGUCUCUGGAUACUGUGUGGAGGGUCUACUACCCUCUCAUGAAACCUCAGAUAGAGCAAUAUGCAGCCAAUCUACCAAUAUCACCAGUGAGGGAACUGCUUGAGAUGGAACCAGAAACUGCCAGAUUCGGCCCCCCAGAGAGGACGAUGGAUGGCAAGACAAGAGUGACCGUCAACGUUGUUGGCAAAGGAAAUUUCAAAGGGAUCGGUCGUAACUAUCGCAUUGCCAAGGCAACGGCAGCAAGAUGUGCGUUAAGACACCUCAAGAGUCAUAUGAAGAAAUGAGUUGCGUAGACUUGCUCAGAGGAGCGGGUGAACUCACAGUCCUUAAAAGCAGUGGACACUAUUGGUAAUUACUCCAAAUAAUUAUUAGCAUAAAACCUUAUUUGGUAACGAAUA